CUGUACGUGGACUAACGGUCUGUACGUGGACUAACGGCGACUCUUUGCUGCAGUCCAUGUUGCUGAUUGGAGGCGACAUGGGAGACAUUUAUCCUGGAGACAGCCGGAACCUCACGGCCUACUACCCAAAUUUGUACCUCGUGGACCGGGUUGGUUACUGCGAGUUCGAAAUUGCAGUGCCGGAUGGCGAGAAGCUGAUUCACACGGUUGCUUUCAACACAACGGUGCCCAGGGCAGGAUCCAAUGCGCCCGCCUUCCUUCGUGACUUCUUCAGUCCGACCGAGCUGAAGACCUGUCACAGCCCCGACUUGGACCCGACACGGUCGUGUCAGCCCGUGCUGUGCGACGUCAAGUACAACGGCGUGCGCAACUUCUUCAACGAGACGAGCCAACGCUGCGAGGCCACGGCCAACUGCUGGGACAACGCGGAAGAGGAGAUGGUGUAUCUGGCUGGCAGCAACACCUGCCGACGCGUGGGCGAGGUUCUGUCGGACGAAGAGUUGGAGUUCUUCGAGAGCUUCCAGGACAAGAAGCCACCACUUCGAUCUAUGCACGGGUACCCCAUUAAGGUGAACUGCCACGAGGGACGUCCGGAUCCCGCGAGCGACUGGUGCCUGUGCGACCCGGGAUGGGAGAGCGACCCGCUGGACCACGACGGCUUCAACCCGGACCUGAUGGUGUACCACAUGUGCACCGUUUACAUCGGUGUGACCACGGCCGCCACCAACUUCUCCUCGCCGACCCACCGCCACCGGCACCACAAGAAGGGUUUCCUCGCCAACAUUCCCAAGAAGCGCCGCCGAGGAGAGCUGGAGCGCAAAGCAGUGCUGAUGGCGCCAUCGAAAUCUCGAGGCUGGGCCUCGGCGGACGGCGGUAGAGCCGAUAUUGCGACUGCGGAAGACUACGCUGCUUCUGGCCACUCUGGAGCCGAUGAAGACGGCCCUUCUUGGUACACCUCGUACUUCAGCGACGCCCAAAUGAAGAACAUAGUGCUACCCGUGCUUAUUGUGGCGGUGACGCUGUUGUCGUGCCUCGUGAUUGUCCUGUGCAUCUUCGUCGCCACCGAGUGCCAGAAGGUCAACGUGGUCUCAAAGGGUGGCGAUGUGGGCUUGGCAGUACAUUCCGACUAAAGCGAGUUAAGCGCGAAAAAUCACGAGGGCGAAGAGAGAGCACGGUGGACACACAGGCGUUCGUUCAUUCGUUCGCUCAUGCGUAUGUGGGUCCAUUUUGCCUUCUUUUGUCCUUGCUUUUUUUUUUUUGCGCUUAACUCCCUUUAGUUGUGUUAAAUGAUUCGUCGCUCUGAACUCUGAAGCAUCACGCUACUGCGAGGAUCUCUGCUUCUUAUUUAAUUUUAUUGCCGUGGUGCUUGACGCCGUAGUAUACAAACAUAGGAGUGAGGUUGUUACUCCAAGGACAGAAAAGGAAAAGAAAAUUACUUAUAAAAAUGUAUUCGCUUCUUUAUCAAGGCAACGUCGCCAAACGCAUUGCUUUACUUUGUGGAAUCAAUCAAGAUUUGAAGCUGGCGUUCCUUUCUGUACGUUUUUACACUUUUAAAUCUGUGCAUCGUUUCUCAGAGAGCAAGAAAACAAAUAAAUAAAUAAAUUGGGCUGAGAUACAAACACAUGGAACCCCACUUGCUUAUCAUUGCAAGAGUAUCGCACAAGCUUGCUCUAUGGGGUCAAGAUGUAUCGAGUGUACCAGUAAAUCUAAUUGUUAACAAGGCCAUAUCGUUUCUAACUCGUGUAGAUAUAUUUAUUGCAUGACAUAUUAUUGAACCGGUACUCUAUCAAGAGUGAUUUCAUGCCAUCAUCCAACAAAGGAAACUUAAGCACACAUUGUACUGCUGCUUCCAAUAAGUAUGUAUUAAAAUGCACACUCCUUCAAGAUGAUGGGACUUCGGGAUAGAAGCUGGAGCUGGCGUAAUUCAGGGACGAACGUAAUCGUACCAAUGAACAGUAUAGGUUCCACUUUUAAAGGGAACGCAUAAUUAUUAUUGAAACCAACAUAACGUGAACGCAUCAUCUUCAUUGGCAGAAAGUGCCUGUAAGGAUGCGUUAGG